UUUCAUUACAAGGAGAAAGCCAGCUUGCCUUCUGAGACUAGCCAGCUCUGCCUUUCGCUCAAUCCCCAAUGGAGUUUCCGUACAGAAAUUUCGUUUUCGCUGUCCUCCUGCUCUCUCUCUGUACCAUCUCAGCUCUCUCUUACACUCACUUCUCUCCCAUAGAUAACUAUCUCAUCGACUGCGGGUCCACUGGGGACUCUACCGUGGACAAUCGCCGAUUCGUUUCCGACUCGUCCCGGUCGGACUCAUAUUCACUCACCUCAACUCGCUCUGUUUUGAUCAGAAACGAGGACCCUUUGGAUGUUUCGCCCCGAAUCUACCAAACAGCUAGGGUGUUCACCGGGCCGUCGAGGUACGAGUUCGAGAUCAGAGACAAAGGGACCCACAUGGUACGCCUCCAUUUUCAUAAGCUAAAUUCUUCGAAAUCCGAUUUUGGGAAUGCUCAAUUUCAUGUUUUGGUUAAUGGGGUUGUGGUUCUGAACGAUUUUAUUGGUGGGUGUGUAGAAACCCCUAUGGUUAAGGAGUACCUGAUCUGGGUUGAGACUGAGAAGCUUGUUAUAACGUUUGUGCCUUCUAGAAAGUAUAAAUUUGCGUUUGUGAAUGCACUUGAAGUGAUUUCUGCUCCAAAAGAUUUGAUCUUAGAUACGGUACAAUAUCUGAAUUCUGAAAAAAAUAAGAAAUCUGAUGGGUUUGUUAAGCAAGCGCUUGAAGUUGUGUAUAGGGUCAAUGUGGGAGGGCCUAAAGUGACCCCUUUUAAUGGAACUUUGUGGAGGACUUGGGUUCCUGAUGAUGAAUUUUUGAAAUCGAGUUCCGGGUGGAAAAGGCUGUAUUUCAGCGGUCGUAUUCGGUAUCAGAUGGGAGGGGCGAGCCGUGAGGUUGCUCCUGAUAAUGUGUAUAAUUCAGCCCGAGUGAUUAGUAGUAGGAAUGCUUCAAUUCCUAAUGUCAAUAUUACAUGGGUGUUUCCUGUGAUGGGGGGGUUUAAGUAUCUUGUUCGGUUGCACUUUUGUGAUAUUGCUAGUAUUUCGCUUGGUUUGCUGUAUUUCAAUGUGUAUGUUAAUGGCCAUUUGGCGAUCGAAGAUUUGGAUUUGUCAGAUGUUACGAAUUAUGUAUUGGCUUCUCCAUACUACGCGGACUUUGUGGUUGAUGGAGAUGGUUCAGGGGCUUUGAGUGUCAGUGUAGGGCCUUCGAGUAAGAGCUAUCCGUAUGCAAUUGAUGGUAUUCUGAAUGCAGUUGAGAUUAUGAAGUUGAAUAAUUCGAUGGGUAGUCUUGUUGGUAAGGUGCCUGCAGAUUUCAUUAUGAAGAGUUGGCCCAGGGGAAAUAUGGGUGUUCUGGUUCCUUUGGUUGCUGCUGUUUGUUUGCUGGUAAUUCUAUCUAUGGUCUUGCGUAGGAGGAUGACUGGGUUAAAAGACUCUGUCACAUGGUCAAAAUUACCUAUGGAUGUUUCCAAUGUUAAUAUCAAGCAGGGCUUCCCACAGGCAUAAGGUAAUUCAGCUUGCCUCGAAAGGAUCUGAAGGGGUUUAUGUAACAUAUAAAACAUUCGCAUGCUAUAGAAAAUUAGUAGCUUUAGGGAUAUUAUAGUUUCCUGUUAUAUUUUCUGCGACAGAAGACAAGUUUGAACUUGAAGUCUCUAAAGAGCUUCAUGUAAUUGGUGUGUAUUGUAUUGUUAUUUUGUAACUUGUGUUGGUAGUAUAUAGUCUAAGCAUACGUUUAUUGGCGUUCUC